AUGGAUCCGCAGAUGACCUUCAAUGGCCCGCUGCAAGGCCAGAGUGUCGUCGCCGGGAUGACCGUCUCGGGCGGCACUGCCAACGUCCACUUCCAUUACGCCGCGGACGACUUCCGUAGCGCACCGCUGCGAGUGCUCCCCUUCUCCCGAAACGAAGAUAUCGUCGGUCGUCCCGGCAUCCUCUCCCAGCUCUCUCAGCUGCUACCCAUCUCCGAGGCCCGGAGUGCUGCCCUCUAUGGACUCGGCGGGUAUGGGAAAACACAACUCGCCCUUGAGUUUGCCUAUCUACGAGCUGGCGAUGAUGAGACUUGCGCUAUCUUCUGGGUCCAUGCCGAUACCGAAGCGGCAUUCGCACAAGACUACGCCUUGAUUGCGAGGAAGGGAGGUUUAUCAGUAUCAGAUGGAGAGGAGCUCCUGAUAGCUGUGCGUCUCUUCAUCGAAGCGCAGCGGCGGUGGCUGCUUGUUCUUGACAAUGCAGACGACCUCAGACUAUUCGGAGUUGGCGCCACGACAUGCACUUACCCCUCUAGUCAGGCCCCCUCGAAAAGCUUGAAUCAAUAUCUACCCAAAUCUCCUACGGGGUCAAUCCUGUGGACGAGCCGUGAUAGCAGAAUUGCCGGCAGCCUUGUCGGACCCAUGCGGGCUAUUAGAAUCACCAACAUGCUUCCCCUAGAGGCGCAAGUGUUGUUCGCGACGGCAAAGGGCAGCCCCCUAAGAGAUGAUGAAUUGGAUGAUGCUGUUGCACUGCUCGCAGAACUCCAUUAUAUUCCGCUUCCGGUCUCGCAAGCCGCUGCUUACAUACGGAGAACGGCCAUACCCAUCAAGGGAUACCUAUCCAGACUCAAGGACGGCAACAAGAGGUGGUUCCUUCUCAAACGAACCGACUUUGACCGUCAUCGUCGGGAAGGAAUCACUAACAGCAUUCUGGAGACCUGGAACAUUACUAUCAAGCACCUCAGACAUGAAAGUGAAGCAGCUGUUGAGAUUCUACAAACACUGGCGUACAUCGACAAUCAGAACAUUUCAGGUGACAUCGUCAGAGCCGCAGCAGCCACUGCAGCAGCAGAUGCGGACGCUUCAGUGGUGGCCGUAGGGGUUUUCCAAGGCGAUGAACAGAAACUAUGGUGGGCAGAUAACGAGAACUUGGAGCACACGCACAGCACGUCGGAUGCCAUAGAUGACAGUGACGAAGAUGUGGACAAGACUGCCGAAGGGUCUGCUGGUGGCGACGAUGAUGCCAUUGCGGAUGCAGUCACCCGGCUGCGAGAGUUGUCGUUCUUACACAUGACAAUUCGCUCUGAUGGCGAACCAGUCUACGACAUGCACCAGCUCGUGCAAGAGGCCAUGCUGUACAGUCAUAGCGUGGAGAGCGACUCGAGAGCCCAGACUCGCUAUAUCCGAAGGGCUAUUCGAAUCCUGACGAUGCUUUUCCCAGACAGAAGCCAGGAGAACUGGGAAGAAUGUGAGACAUUGGUACCGCAUGUUCUGCGAGUUGGGAAAUGGGCCGAGAAAGCUAGGCAGGACCUGCAGGUCUCGAGCUUACUGGGCCAAGUGUCCGAUUAUCUGUAUGAUCGGGGACGAUGGACGGAGAAAGAGACGGUGGACCAGAUUGCCUGUUCACUGCGCCGGAAUUUUCAUGACAAAAGACAUCCUGAUACAGGUCGCAGUUUGUCUAAACUCGCAGCGCUAGAAAUACGGCGGGAGACUAUGGGCAAGAGGCAUCCUGACACAGAAUGGAGUAUGGCCGAGCUUACCGAAACACAUUGUGCCGAAGGGAGGUUCAGUGACGGCGGAAAAGCUUCCCUGGAAGUCGUAGACCUUCGGCAGUAA